AUGAAUUCAAUUACUAUCGGAUGGAAAAAACAAUUGCCUGGUCAAGUCGAAAUUUCAAGUAAAAAGAAAAAUGUUCAGAAUAGUAUACCACGCCAAAUUUUUCCCAGAAAACAACCACAAGCAUUUCAAAAUAUAGAAUCUUUUAAUACAGGAACAAUUCGAUCUAACAAACAACUUCUCGAAGAUCCUCCUCAUACGUGGGUUCCCACACAUAACUUAGCUUUAAGACCAGCCAAUGAUUCGACGUCUCAAAUAAAAAUAUAUAAUGAUAGACGACUUUGUAGUGCACGAGCAGCGGUUCUUACAUUUCUUAUUGCUGCUAUACUGAUAAUAGGUGCAGGUGCUUCUAUUGGUAUUGUAUUUGCUGUCAUAAAUUCUAGCAGUUCAUCUGGAACUGGAAAUAGUAGCCAGAACUCAUAUACGACAAUAACAUCAGGAGCAGGAACUAGUAGUGUCAGCAUCGGUAGUCAAACUGGGUCAGGGUGUACAGGUUAUACAGAAAUCAAUGACCCAACACGAAGUAUUAGUUAUGUCGGAUCACUCAAUUCUUGUGAUAAUGGACCAAUAUUCAAUGCAACUAAUGGGGGAGCUUGGAUCCGAUUUGUUGGUACUGGUGGAGAUAAAAUUCCUAUGGUAUCAGCUGGUACUAAUCAUUGUGGUGGUUACUUGUCUGGUUGGUACAAUGAUACAUUACCACUGACGCAAGAUGUUGUCAUUAGUGGAACAGUAUGCUUCGAUGCUCCUGGAGGUGAAUGCAUCUUUUCCGUUAGUAUCUCAGUAAUCCAUUGCUCUGCUGGUUAUUAUGUUUACUUUUUAUCACCUUUAUCUAUAUGUAGUGCACGUUAUUGCACAACAUGA